AUGUACUACCCAUUCACCUCGAAGACUGAAUGGGAGGUUGUGAAAUGGGCGAAACUUUGUGGUUCAAGUUCUACUGCAUUUUUGGACUUGCUCUCCAUUGACAGAGUGAGCAUUUUUCUUGAACAAGUUGUUGUUGCUGGAGAAGCAUUUGAUGUCUAUUACCACAAUAUCAUCAAAUGUGUCAAGUCUUUGUAUAGUGACCCGGACUUCGCAAGAUAUCUCACAUUUGCCCCAGAGCAGCAUCACACUGAUGAAGACCAGAUGGUUCAUCUAUUCCGUGACAUGCAUACUGGUAAGUGGUGGUGGGAAACGCAGCUCGAUGAAAAUUGUCCUGGUGGAACCAUAGUUCCAAUUAUUAUUUCCUCAGACAAAACACAAGUGAUGAUGUUUCACAACAAGACUGCCUACCCUCGUAAACCUUCAUGUGGCGCACAUAUCCUGCUUGCUUAUCUGCCAACAACCCGCCUUGAACACAUUACCAACAAAGCAUCUCACUGUCACACUAUUGCAAAUUUGUACCAUGCAUGUUUAUGCUGUGUGCUCGCUCUGCUGAAACCUACUGGAUUAGAUGGUGUUCUCAUGCAUAGUGGAGAUGGUGCUCUUCGUCGUUGUCAUCCAUUGUUUGCAAGUUUUGUUGGCAACUAUACAGAACAACUCCUGGCCACAGGUAUCAAGUUCAGAGAGUGCCUGAAUCCCAUUUCACUUGCUGCUUUAGACCAUGGAAAUUUAGCAUUUGUGCAUGCAUGUGCCACAGCAGGUGUCAAGCCCAUCAUUCAUCCUUUCUGGGAGGAUCUCCCUUUUGCAAAUAUUUUCCAGGCUAUCACACCAGAUGUGCUGCACCAGCUAUAUCAAGGCUUGAUCAAGCACCUCCUGGGAUGGUUAUCGGCAGCUUUUGGAGCUGCAGAAAUUGACACUCAUUGUCGGUGGCUACCUCCAAACCAUCAUAUCUGCCUAUUCACCAAGGGCAUCACAUGCUUAUCACAUAUAUGUUGUUUCAUCCUUGGCAUCAUAAUCAACAUAUCCUUGCCCAACAAUCUUGAUGCGAGUCGUCUUCUUCGAUCAGUGCAGGGGCUACUCGACUUCCUAUAUCUUGCCCAAUACCCUUGUCACAGCUCAGAGACGCUUCACUCGCUAGAUGAGGCAUUAGAUCUUUUCCACGAAAACAAGGAGAUUUUUAUUCAACUUGGUAUUCAAAACAAUUUCAACUUGCCGAAGUUGCAUGCCGCACACCACUACCAUCUCAUGAUCACACUAUUUGGUACAACUGACAAUUACAAUACCAAAUAUACCAAAUGUCUUCAUAUUGAUCUAGCAAAAGAUGCCUACCACGCCACCAAUCACAAGGAUGAGUUUAUUCAAAUGACGCACUGGCUUGAACAAAAGGAGAAGAUUUUACAGCACCUGAAGUAUGUUACUUGGCAUCUUGCUGGUGGCCACCAGUCUGAGCCCUAUCAUUCACAUCCAUCUGAUAUGACUUUCAGAUGUGAACUAGUCAUGACAAGACACCCUAGUGCAAAGGCUGUCAGCAUUCAAAAACUUGUUGAAGAUUAUGGCGCAACUCAUUUUUGUGAGGCCCUUGCACACUAUAUCGCAUGCCACAGUCAAGCACUUGAAAAUUUAGCAGGUGACAUUCAUUUUCCAUUCCAAAGUCUCCCCAUCUUUCAUAAGAUCAAGUGGUGCUCGAUUGAUACUGGUGGCCACAGCAAGGGACAUGUAACCUUGGACAGUGUCCAUGCAAAACUGCAACAGUGGUCAGGCUCUCGUCUGGUUGCUCGCCAGUCUGAUACAGCUUUGGUCAGGCUUGGUGAAGACUCAAAUACAAAUGAUCUUGAAGGUGUUCAAGUUCAAGCCAUCUUUGCCUUACCACCAAAAUCAAUACUGCUGCUUUUCCCACCAACAUUUGAUGUUCCUCCUCACCUUGCAUACAUUGAAUGGUUUAUUCCAUUCCCAUCUGCUCCUGACUGA